GUCCUCUUGAAUGACCAAUAAGUUAUAGAGAAACCCCUUGCCUGUUUUGCGUGUGAUUAAAUUUUCAGCUCCGCUCAUGUCGUACAAAAGCAAGUGCCCGUGUCGCUUGUUGUUUCUUUGCUGCUUGCACCGGCCCCGCACCUGGUUCCUGUUUUUGUUGAACUUGAAACCCCCUUACUUUCUCUCCUUUCCUUUUCACUCCAAUUCUUCUUUGAUCCUGUAAUUUUAGGCUCUGAAUUAAGUUUUACUGCUAUUGCUUACAUGCACAGACCAUAACCCCGCAUUUUCCAAACCAUCCUUGGCUCUUAAGCACGAAUCCCUUUUUUUUUACCCUUUUUUCACUGCAUUUUUUAUUGUGCUGUACCAUGCCAUUAUUAGUGAUGCAUAGAUUGGCAACUCGCCUAUCUACCUACUUUUAUGGGUAUGGGAAACUUUGUGCCUCCCAUUCUUUGAUACUCUUGUUUUUCUCUUUAGCGUGCGUAUGUUUCUUGUCCUUGCCCGUCAUUACAAACGUCAUUCACGCACAUACCCACACCUUCACCAUACCAACCAGCCACCUCGAUGCUAAACUAUGGCAAUUUUCACCCCAUGUUCAUUCGAUUGAUCAUUCCUCCAACUCCUUGCGUGCACCUUCCAUGAUCGCUCAACAGAUUCACCUCAUGAUUCCUGAACAAACGAUAACCACCGAACUGCUCAGCGAGACAAUGAAGCUUCGAGACGCUCUUCAAUCCGUCACCGUCAAUGUGAACGGCAAACAGCAAUCGCUUCGUUCUAUUUGUGUUACGCAUCACGGGCAGUGCAUAAUCCACUCACCUUUGGAUUACUGGACUUCGUCGUCUGAUUUAUUACAAGAUACUGCCUGGCCUACUACCAUCAGUCGUCGUCAGCAUGCUAUCUCUCAAACCUCGGGUCUACUUUUGCAUCCUUUUUCGCUUUUCGCCAAUGUGACCAUGAGUGCACAAAAUCAAUGGAUCGAUGCGGAGUCAAUUAUUAUGACAGUACUAAUCCAGCCGUCGCCUUUUUUUGAUGCCCAACAUAUCUGGGACCUUUUAUGGCAACAUGCCACAGAAUAUGUUGGUUUGAAGCACCAUCGUGACAGCAUCAAUUUCCAGACAUCUUCCUCCUCGAUCCCUCGUGGUUGGUAUGAUCAAUUAUUACUACCUCCGCAUACGUUGCAAUUCAAGUAUCAGUUAUUUCCCUAUGCGGUUCCCCCUGAAAUAUAUGUAUCAAUCGGAGCUUGCAUCGCUACCUUUUACAUGGUGUCGGCCGCCUUUGGCAGAUCGAAACUUGUGCGAUCUCAAUAUCUCUUCGGAUUAGCCGCUGUUUUCUUGUCCAUAGCCUGUUUCACGACAACGUUGGGCAUCCUGCACUAUCUCGAUAUCGAACUCACCAGGCUGCCCUGGUACCUGUUACCCGUCGUGGCAUGCGUCGCCACCUUGGAGAACGUGUUUCUGUUGACCAACGCCGUCCUAGAUGCAGGCUGUGAUAUGCAUGUGAAAGAAAAAGUCGCUCGAGGCAUGCAAAGUGUUGGUCUUCCUAUGAUGGCCACUUUGAUUGCCGAAAUGGGCAUAUUGGCUAUCGGUGGUUCCAUGGAGAAACCCCUCGUAAAGGAAUUUUGUUUCUUUGCCAAGUUACUCUUGCUCGUUGAAUACGCUCUUCAAAUGACUUUCUUCGUUGCUAUAUUGACGAUUGACGUCAAAAGAGUCGAGCUGGCUGAUCUUAACGACAAUAAAGUAUCCAAGCGCAUCCGGGAACUGUCAAAGUAUGAUGGAGACGUCGGUGACGAUCCCGAUUUUUGCCCGGUACAGGAUACACCCGAUGAGUUGCAAUCCAAAUCAUGCGCUGAAUGCAAAGAAUUCAAAACCCAUCGAGCCUUCAACGCCCUCAUCCUUUGCCUUGUCCUUCUGGCUCUUUCGGUAUUUUGCUCCCAUAGCGAUUAUCCGUUGCCUACAGCUGUGACGAUGCCUCCAAAACCAUCUUCAACGAUGCACAAACUGCUCAUCUCCAUUUCAUCUCGUUUCUGGAGAACCGUCAAUCCAUCGCAUGAUAUGCAGUCGCUGGUAGUAAAUGCACCUUUUAUGGUCAUUUUUUCUGAAGAUGUGGAGAGAAGUUCAGCUGUGCUUCUCCAACAUGAAGCGCUAUACCCGCCUGUAGCCACGGCAUGGUCUGCUUCCGAUUCUUUGACAAAUGACCAUACAUCCUCUGUUUUCCGCCAUGUCUCGUUUUUAUUUAUACAAUACGCAUCGGCACUGGCAGUUAGGAUCAAUAUCCCGUCUGUGCUCUUAUGUAUCGUCCUUGCCGGUAUCAUGAUAUGGAUGUCGCCGUACUACCGAAAUCGAUGGUUAAUUCCCUUGUUGAAACAUCUUUUCGUCAAAGCCACUCUCCAGCUUUUGCUUUGUAUUCAGAAAAUCGUACCUUCGUGGUCAUCAGCCAUUCUCGAGCGGACAACGCUUCGCAUUUCCGAAUAUGACAAGGACGGUGUUCAUUUUGGUGCCAUCUCAGCCCAAAAACUGUUCAACCAACAACAGCAACGAUCCGUGCAAACAGUUACCGUUCAAACACUUUCAGGAAAACACGUGGCCGAUUUACGCCAAAUAGGCGUCAGUGGAAAAUGUACCACCAUCGUUUCCAGCGGACAAGAUGGGCGUGUCGUACUGUGGGACCCCCAACGAGGUGACUGGAUGGCCCGCUUGGAUCGAUGCUACCAGACAGCCAAUGGCAAAAUACAAGCCCAGUUGAAUACCGCCUACUACCGGGGUGGUCGAAAAAAGCCCACCCUCUCUCUGGAUGCUCCAGCACAGCAGAAAACCAUCAAAUCAGCCAGAUGCGUUCAGAUUGAUAAGAGCAAUCAAUGGUUAGCUAUUGCUUCAGAUGAAGCUGUUCUUCAAUUGUGGGAGAUCAGUACCGGUACGCUUAUUCGUGAAAUCGAUAUGCAAUCCGCCAUGCCCGUAGCGGAUCUGCCAGAAGAACAAAAUGCUCAGGACGGGCUUCGCCGACGACGAGCAACAUUGCCAAAAGGCGAAAAGCCGCGUACCUCGAGGGACCGUGUCAUGGCGAUCUCUUUUCUAGAUACGCUGACGAUGAAAACGGCAGAUACGUUGGGCGAUGGACGGAGCUCACCUAUUGCCGAGGAACCACUGCUGCCUCAAACGUCCGUGGUAGUCGUUUUCAAAAGCGGUGUACUGCAAGAGUGGGACAUCUUAUCGGGCGCGUGCACACAAAGCAUCGUAACACAACAUGGGAGAAAUGUCAAACUGUUGCAUGUCGUUGAAAAUCGAUCGUCGAAGCCAACCGAUACGCAAUGGAUUUUUACAGCCUCAAAAAACGGGAUUGUCAGAUCUUGGGAACGCAAACUUGUCGACUGUGCUGAUAGUGGUGCGGAAACAGACUCGACAGAUGACACCUGUCCUGUGCCGACAAGCCGCAUACAGUGGCAUUGUCGAUAUGUUAUUGAUGGUCACAAUCAUGAAUCCAUAGUUGCACUGGCAAGCGAGAAUUCGGCGGGUUCGGCAGGAAUCGUGGUGACGGGUGCCAGUGAUGGUGCGCUGAAAGUAUGGGGUUUCGAUACGGGCGAUCAUGUACUGACAUUGUGCCAAGGCGGUGUCAAGAAGACGCAUCCUGAAAUCCAUGCGGGCGGCCCACUGUUGCGUUUCAGUAAAUUUGCUACCAACUCGACAGCCCACAGAGACAACGACGAUCAAUAUCGCGAGCCAGGACAACCGUUGCACAGUGCUGUUGCAGAGAUCGUUGUUGCAAGAUAUUGUGACGCCACGGAAGGCCCAGGUUCCCAUCCAAGCCAUGAGCGUUGCCUAGGCAGCGGAUUUAUUGUAGCGUGCAGCUCGAUGGAUGAUACAGUACACGUAUGGCGUUUGGACCGUCCUCAGGGUGUUCAUGAUAAAUCGUGUCAGCCAUACUCCAAAGAUUAUCGCCGUCAACAGAUCAAGCGCAGUCGAAAACCCAGUAUGUCACUGCAAGCUUCUUCAGAAGAUGCCUUGUCCGAUCCACGAAGCAGUCGGCAAAGACGAAGAUUGGCUUCAAUGAGCAAUGGUACCAAUGGAACUAACAAGCGCCGUAUUCGUGUUGUUCGUUCUCAAUUGACACUCAAGGAGGAUGAAGUAACCGAUCUCCUGGAUAUUGAGCAGCUGGCGACUGCACAGGAAAACGACGCUGCGCUGGAACCCAUCUUCCUCGGAAAAAUACAACAAUUCGCUGGUCGAGGGUUGGUUUUCUGUGAUAAUAUGGUGCUUGCCGGUGUCCGACAACGAUUGCAAGAUGAACACGAAACACAUAUCCAGUGGGAAGCAUGGUUCGCGUCCCUGAGAUAUCGGGAAGCUCCUGAUAGCGACACAACCAUUCCUGUAGAAACCUUUAAUCUAGAGGUUGAUAAAAAGGAAGUGCCAGAAAAGCGACAAGCAACAACAGCCCUGUGGCCGCUUUUUCAGCAGCUGCUUCACCUCCUUUUACCAACACCGACUUCGACCAACAGACGAUCGGCGCUUCAUAGGCUGAAGUCAAGCAAACCGAAACGCCUACGCAGUUCAUUUAUGCAUAACGAAGAUUCAAGUUCGCAUGACCAAGAUAUGGAAGAAGCCAACGAAAUUCUUCCAUUCGCUGUUAUUCGCCACGUUCUUCCUUUGAACGGUAACGGUGUCAUUUGCGACUUCGGCAAUUUCAUCAAGGUAGUCUCCAUUGACAAUUCAACGACAAUCCCAUCCGAGAAAGGAGAGUCACCUAGCCUCGAUCGAGAAGUGGACCAAGCUCGUGAAUCUAUCACUGCCAUUCAGCCUAGAAACGGCCACAUCACCUUGGACGACGGAAGGCAAGACUUCCCACCUAUAGAAGGACGGCUCGGAUACAGUGGCGGUACUGUAUGUAAUCCUAGGAAUAAGGCCAACUGCGUGCUUAAAGCCAACUGUGCUCGCGCGGCUGACUGUGCCGGAGCGCCAACAUCCUUUGGGCGUCAGUAGAAGCAUUGUAUAACAAUUGAUUAAUCGCAUUUUUACCCUCAUUUAUCUAUCAUUGUAUUCUUACAUUCAUCAAUAAACAUAUGACCUUGCUUGAGAUGAGACAUCACCGGAGAAGAAACAAAGGGGAC